CGCACCAGCAAAAUUCUCUCUCUCUCUCUCUCUCUCUCUCUCUCUCUCUGCUACACUGAAUGGUUCCUUCCCAUCUGCUUUUACAUUGCUUUCCCUUCGCAUUCUCUGCCUUUUCAGUUCAGUCUCCUCGCCGUCUCUGCAGCACAUGAGCCUUUUGGGCCACACAUCUGCUGCACUGGGAUUGGUCAUCGCUUGGUCAAUAGCUGAGCAGUCAACUGGAACGCAGAGUCAUCUUCUUUACUUACAGGAAAAAUAAGGUGCUUGGACAUAUGGUUUAACAUUCCUAAUGAAGUUAUACCCAUUCCUUUGGCAUCAAUCUAAAAGUUUGUGAUUGAUCCAUGUGGGCUGCAAGUUUCGUCUUUACACUGGCAUUAGCUUAUUUAUUAUCUUGUAAUUGACCUUCUUUCUUGUAAGUUUCUUUACAUAAAUAUGCCUUCCUGGUGGGGAAAAUCUUCGUCAAAAGAUGAAAAGAAAAAAGGAAACAAGGAAAGUUUCAUCGACGCAAUACACAGGAAAUUUAGGAUUGCAUCUGAAGAGAAGUCCAACAAUAGAUCUGGAGGGUCUAGGAGACGUUCUAAUGACGCUGUUUCUGAAAGGGGAUCUCUAUCUCGAGUUCCAUCAAGGUCACCCUCACCCUCUACCCAUGUAUCACGCUGUCAAAGCUUUGCAGAAAGGCCUCGUGCUCAACCGCUUCCACUACCUGUAUGCACGAAUAAUGUCAGUCGUACUGAUUCUGGAAUAAGCAUAUCAACGAAACCUGGAUGUGAAAGAGGAUCUAAGCCUUUUCUGUUUCUUCCAAAUCCAAAACCUGGUUGUGUUCCAAGUGGGUUGGUUCAUACUGAGGCUGAGGCUGAUUUAGCCACUGCUUCUGUUUCCAGUGAUAGUUCUAUUGAUAGUGAUGAUCCAUCUGACUCACAUCUCUUGAGUCCUCUGACUUCAGACUACGAAAAUGGAAAACAAACUGCAACAAGUAGCCCUUUGCGAAAACACAAGGAUCAAUCUCCUAUUGUGACUCAUAACUCAACAGAGUCAUUGACGGCAGCUGAUAACCUUUUCAAUAAUCAGAUUCUAUCUGCGUCACCUAAGCGGGAUCCGCUAAAUACCCAUGUCCAAAGUUUACAGAUUCCUCCUCGAGUUGCUUUUUAUGGUGCUGUAGACAGCUCAAUGUCAAGUCCUUCUAGAAGUCCAAUUAGCGCAUUUAGCCAAGAGCAAGUGUUAAACUCUGGUCUGUGGACACCAAAACAGUAUUCAGACAUAGCCUUGCUUGGUUCUGGACACUGUUCAAGUCCGGGAUCAGGUCAUAAUUCUGGCCAUAAUUCAGUUGGUGGAGAUAUGUAUGGGCAGAUGUUUUGGCCUCAAAGUAGGUGUAGCCCUGAGUGCUCUCCAAUACCUAGUCCUAGAAUGACAAGCCCGGGUCCCAGCUCCAGAAUUCACAGUGGUGCUGUCACCCCACUCCAUCCACGAGUUGCAGGGGCUACAAUUGAGUCACCUGCUAGUCGACCUGAUGAUGGUAAGCAAAGCCACCGGUUGCCCCUCCCGCCCCUAACAAUCUCAAAUACCUGUCCAUUUUCUCCCUCUUAUUCAACAGUAACAUCUCCGUCGGUGCCCCGAAGUCCUGGUAGGACAGAAACCCCAGUUAGUCCUGGAUCACGCUGGAAAAAGGGACGGCUGUUAGGGAGGGGCACCUUUGGACAUGUAUAUCUUGGUUUUAACAGGGAAAGUGGUGAGAUGUGUGCAAUGAAGGAGGUAACUCUGUUUUCUGAUGAUGUAAAAUCGAGGGAAAGUGUGCAACAACUUGGACAGGAAAUUGCGCUACUAAGUCGCUUACGGCAUCCGAACAUAGUGCAGUAUUAUGGAUCUGAAACUGUAAGUUCUUUGUUUUAUUUCAGUUUAAUUGCUGAUAAUGUGUUUUUUAGUUGAAGAGAAAUCUCUUUCAAUUAUUUGAAACAUUCUGAAAAUUAUCAGUUAUUACCACUUUUCCAAACUUACGGGGCCCUAAUAGAAAGUUGCAGC